AUGGCCGAUCUUGUCAAACAAGAGCCGGUUCCAAACGACCAUCUCGUUCUCAAAAGAACUUUGAAUGAUGUUGUCGAAGACGACAACGAUCUGCAAAAUGGUGCCAGUACCAAACGACCUAUAAUUGUACCGGAUCGCAAGCCAGAUCUGCGAUACACGCUUUUGAAAACUGGACUUUGUUACGACGUUCGCAUGCGAUACCACGCUAAAAUCUUUACGUCAUAUUUCGAAUACAUCGACCCACAUCCAGAAGACCCCAGACGUAUUUACAGAAUUUAUAAAAUUUUGGUGGAAAACGGGCUGGUUCACGAUCCCACGCUGAGUGGAAUUGACGAGAUUGGUAACUUCAUGCUGAAAAUCCCUGUACGUGAGGCAACAGAAUCUGAAAUUCUGCAAGUGCACACGAAAGAACACUUGGAAUUUCUUUCACGAACGCCACAGAUGACCAGGGAUCAGCUUUUAAAAGAGACCGAAAAGGGAGAUUCCGUGUAUUUCAACAACGAUUCGUUUCUGAGCGCCAAAUUAUCAUGUGGAGGCGCAAUUGAAGCCUGCAAAGCCGUAGUGGAAGGGCGUGUAAAAAAUGCAUUGGCCGUUGUAAGGCCUCCCGGACAUCAUGCCGAACCUGAACUGGCAGGCGGAUUUUGUCUUUUCAGCAACGUUGCCGUUGCUGCUCAAAAUACGCUAAAAGCUUAUCCUGAAAGUGUGCGAAAAAUAAUGAUUUUAGACUGGGACGUUCAUCACGGCAACGGGACCCAAAAGGCUUUUUACGAGGAUGAUAGAGUGUUAUACAUCUCUAUUCAUAGACACGAGCUCGGAAAAUAUUAUCCUGGAACAAUGCAUGGAAACUAUGAUAGAGUGGGCGACGGGAAAGGCGAAGGGUUUAACUGUAAUAUACCUUGGCCCUGUGGAGGACUUGGCGAUGCUGAAUAUAUGUGGGCGUUUGAGCAGGUCAUCAUGCCCAUGUGUCGUGAAUUUCAGCCUGAUCUAGUAAUCGUAUCGUCCGGUUUCGACGCUGCUGACGGUGACACCAUUGGCCAAUGUCACGUAACACCCAGCUGCUAUGGACAGAUGACGCAUAUGCUAAAAUCUUUGGCCAGAGGUAACCUUUGUGUUGUGCUCGAAGGUGGUUAUAGCUUAGAUUCUAUCGCCAAGAGCGCAUUAGCAGUAGCCAAAGUUUUAAUCGGUGAGCCUCCGGAUGAAUUACCCGAAGUAAAACAGCCCAGGCCUGAAGCACUUGAAGUAAUUGAUACCGUUAUAAGAGCACAGUCAAAAUAUUGGAAAUGUUUUAAAGGUUCCCAUGCUAAUGAUGGGUGCUCACUCGCUGAGAAGGCCACGGAGACAGUUAUCAAUAAAAACUUCCCCCUCCAAAGGGCUAUUCGUCAGCAGCAAAUUCAGCUUCUUAAGGACGAGUAUAGUUUCGUUACUCUACCAUUAGCCAACAUGGGUCUACCAGAUGACACAGCCAUGUUCUCCCCUAACAUAUAUGACGCACAAGCAAUAUUGGUGUGCGUUCACGAUACCCCAGAAAUAUGGGCUCGACGUAGUCGCGUCACAGGUAAUAUCGAUCCGUCAUCUUCUAUUAUCGUGGACACCACAGUGGAUGUGAUUAAAUGGGGAAUAGAGAAGAAGUAUGGGAUAAUGGACAUUAAUGUACCCCAGUCUCUACAAGAACAGGACAAUUACUCUGCUGUAACGACGGCUCAAGAACUGCUUGUUUUUAUCUGGGACAAUUACCUGAAGUACUUCCCAAUGUUGAACAAAGUCGCUUUCAUCGGGAUUGGAGACGCUUAUAGUGGCAUUGUUCACCUUCUCGGACAUAGAGACACGAGAAACGUGGUGAAGUGUGCCAUUUCGUUCAUUGAUCGGAAGCCCUUGAGACCUUUGAUACCAUUAGUCGAUGAGACUCUUGCGGACUGGUAUUACAAAAACUCGCUGGUCUUUGCGAGCAAUGAAAAUGCGUGCUGGGGGAGUGACGGUAACGAUAGUAAAAAGCCCAGGAAGAAAUUUGGGCGGGUCCUGAGAUGCGACUCUGACGGUCUUAACAACAAUUUUGAAGAGAGAUUCGAUGAGGCAACUGACUUCAUAUUAGACGCCUUUGAGGAAUGGAGUGACAGUGAGUAA